AUGGUUUUCUCAAAGGCCCAAUGUCUCGUCCUUCUUCUCCUCUGGAACUUCACUGAUGCUGGACGGAUUCUGAUGAAGAUGAAGCAGCGUGUGCGGGAUGUUCAGCUGCAGAGAGCGAAGCAGCAUCUCCUGACGGCCGCUCUCCAACACGUGAAGGAGGGCCGGAUCCACCAGCAGCUCGACCACUUCAACCGGCAGGACGCUAAAACCUUCCCUCAGAGGUUCUUUGUGAACGAGGCGUUCUGGCAGCGCCCCGAUGGUCCCGUGUUCCUCUUCAUCGGAGGAGAAGGACCCGUCUAUGAGUUUGAUGUUCUGGCAGGACACCACGUUGACAUGGCUGCAGAGCACGGAGCGCUGCUAUUGGCUGUGGAGCAUCGUUUUUAUGGCGUGAGCAUCAACCCUGAUGGCCUCAAAACAGAGAACCUGGCUCACCUGAGCAGCCAGCAGGCGCUCACUGACUUGGUUGUUCUCCACCAGUACAUCGUCCAGAGCUUCAGUCUGAGCCGCAGGAACAUCUGGAUCAGCUUCGGCGGCUCGUACUCUGGAGCGCUGUCCGCCUGGUUCAGAGGAAAGUUUCCUCACCUGGUGUUCGGAGCCGUGGCGUCUUCUGCUCCUGUCAAGGCCGAGCUGGACUUCUCUGCCUACAGUGAUGUAAACUCAAACCAUGGUCCCAAUAUGAGCAUAUUCUCAGGGCUGUAG